AGUCACUCGGUGUGGAGCUCAGCGGACGGGAGCUCAGCGGACGCACGGGGACUUGGAUCUGUACCCGAGCGGAAAGCACCGACCCGAGAAGCGGCAUGAAGCUGUGAGGAGGACUGCGGGUGAACCGGGACCUGCUCCGGAGAGAUUUAAAUUUAAAGAGAUUUGCCCCACAACAUGGAGACGAGGCUUGGCUACGGGCUGCUACUGGCUGCGCACUUCAUCCUCGCCUGCCAACAAGUUCGUGGAUAUGUGUACAGGAACCAACGCAAGUUUUCAGAAGAGAUCGACUGGUCCUACGCAGGAACUUUAAACCAAAAGAACUGGGCUAAGAAGUUCCCGUCGUGCAGUAACGCCCGGCAGUCGCCCAUCAACAUCGAGGAGAGCUUGGCCCAGGUGAAACUGCAGUACCAGGCUCUGCUCUUCGAAGGAUGGGACGCCCUGACCUCAGACGCCACCACUAUCAAGAACGAUGGCAAGACUGUGGCUGUGAACAUAGACGGGGACUUUUACGUGAGUGGUGGCGGUCUUCAGUCGACCUUCAAAGUUGGACGCAUCACCUUCCACUGGGGGCGCUGUAACGCUACAUCAGACGGCUCUGAACACAGCCUGAAUGGGGUUAAAUAUCCUUUAGAGAUGCAGAUUUACUGUUUUGACCCAGCUCGCUUUGACUCCCUGGACGAGGCCAUUAAAGCAGGAGGUCGGAUCACAGCUCUGGCUGUGCUGUUUGAGACCAGCCCUGAAGACAACAUGAACUACGUCUCCAUUGUCGACGGCAUCAACAGCGUCAGCAGAUAUGGUAAAACAAGCGAAGUGUCCCCCUUCGCUCUACGCGGCCUGCUGCCAAACUCCACAGAGAAGUUCUUCCUGUAUAACGGCUCUCUGACCACGCCCCCCUGCAGCGAGACGGUGGAAUGGAUCGUCUUCAAAAACACAGUGUCCAUCUCUGACGAACAGCUGGAGGUGUUCUGUGAGGUGAUGACCAUGCAGCAGGCAGGGUAUGUGAUGCUCAUGGACUAUCUCCAGAACAACUACCGAGACCAGCAGGAGCAGUUUAUGGGACAGGUCUUCUCCUCCUACACUGGCACUGAGGAGGUCCACAUACCAGUGUGCAGUUCAGAGCCAGAGAACAUUCAGACGAUGCCGUACAACAUGAGCAGUCUGCUGGUGAUGUGGGAGAGACCGCGAGCUGUGUAUGACGCCGGCAUUGAGAAAUACUCAGUCAAAUACUGGCUCGCAAACACCAACUACCCCACCCCCACAGAGUACCUCACUGAUGGAGACCAAGAUGUGGGAGCCAUCUUGGAUAACCUGUCCUCCAACACGAGCUACAUGGUUCAGGUGGUGGCGGUGUGCACCAACGGUCAGUACGGACGAAAGAGUGACCCCCUCAAGGCCGACAUGCCCAUCGAGGACCCGGAAAAUUCACUUAUUCCCAAAUCGAAUAACUUUGAUGAAGAUGACGACUAUGGCCCUGACUUAUCCUGGAAUGAACCAGUCGAAAAGGAGGACUAUGAAGUUGCUUUAAUUCCUACAAAAUCUCCCAGCACAACAACUACUGAAUUUCCACGAUUACCUCCACCAGGCUUUAAAACUACAACUGCUGCAACAAGAUGGAGAACUACCACCACAGAAUCUCCAAGUAAAAUUACUCAUUCCAUUCAGAGCGCUUCCAAAAAGACUACACAGCACAGUACCACCACACAGCCACCAGAGGGAACUGUAGCAUCAGAAAACAGGGGAAGACUGCAUUUGAAUGUGCCUGUAUACACCACUACUACAACUACUUCAAGAGUGCACACUACUACUACAAGGCCUUGGUACUCCACCAGUGCAAAACCAGACAGCAGCCUUCACAGUCCAAAACAUGUUACAGACAAGGAUAGAAAUAUUUUUAGUACUACCACUACUGCAUCAUCGCUUUUUACCAGUCCAAAGACUAAAAUUGGAAAAGGUUUAUUUCCGGUUACUUCAAACAAGACUUCGAAUGACUUUAGCACCACAACUCUUAGCCCAAAACUAAAAGAUGAGAAAUCACAUAAUGCUACUACGACUACUACUACUACAGAGACAAUCAAAUCAGGCUCGCACAAUGUUAGCAAAACAACUAGCUCGAGCAAGACGACCACAUCUUCUCCAUUUGUCAAACCCGCGAGUGACCGAGGUCUGCUACACCCCGCGAAAAACGGACCCAAGCGCAACGCAAGUAUGUACGCAACAACCGAAGCCCCUCCCGCCUUCCACCGAGAAAACUCCACUACCCAUAACGCACCAUUCCUCCAAGAAACCUCCACUACCCUUAAUACCUCUUCGACACAAGUCCCCUCUAUCCAACCCACACCUUCUACCCCGAGUUUACCCACCUCCACGGCUUCCUUUGGCGCAUUCACAGAUUUGACGACUUCUGUUCCGAAUGCCACAAAGUCUGGCCCUAUCGUAACUUCAUUUUCAGAUGGAGCGACUACCCAAAAUUCCACAUCUACAAACACUCCCUAUACCUCCACCCCCGAUGUUACAACUUUAGACACUAGCAGCGCAUCCGGGUCGGCCAUUUUUCCCGAUUCGCCUGAAGGCCUUGACCAAGAAUGGGACAAAAUCCAAAAUUCUGCUUCCGGGGACGACAUCCUCCUGUUUUCGACUAACUCUAGCAUAACCGUUCCUCCAACAUCGACCCCUUCUUCUGAAUCCGGUUCUUCAGACGAUUUGGAAGACCACUCCUCUACGUUUUACUUUGAAACCGAAAGCGGAAGCACAAUCGGAUCCCAGGAUACAGGAAGCGCGUCCAGUCCGACGGUGUCCAUGGUGACGACUGUUGAUUUGCCCCAAACGCUGCACAGUGGAGACGGAGAGAGCGGUUCAGGGCAAGGGGAGGGCCUUUAUGAUAAUGAGACGUCUUCGGACUUCAGCCUGGUGGACCGGAGCGAGAGAGAGUCAGAGGAGGAGGAGCCAGUAGCAGACGCGAGUAACAGCAGCCAUGAGUCUCGCGUGGGCUCCAUCAGAGACAGAGAGAAGGCGGCUGUGGUCCCUCUGGCCGUUAUCUCCACCCUCACCGUGUUCGGUCUCAUCGUGCUCAUCAGCAUCUUCAUCUACUGGAGGACCUGCUUCCAGACGGCUCACUUCUACAUUGACGACAGCUCUUCACCCAGAGUCAUUUCUCCGAACCACGCUGGCCUUGCGGAAGAUGAGCAGACGGUGUUUCCAGUGAAGGAUUUUGUCAAACAUGUGGCGGAUCUUCAUGACACCCAAGGUUUCCAUAGAGAGUUUGAGAUCCUGAAGGAGAGCUAUGAGGAGGUGCAAGUGUGCACGGUGGACAUGGGUCUGACCACUGACAUCUCCAAUCACCCUGACAACAAAAACAAGAACAGAUACAGCAACAUCCUGGCCUAUGACCAUAGUCGUGUCCGCCUCUCUCCUCUCACCGACAAAGAAGGAAGGACCAGUGAUUACAUAAACGCAAACUUUGUCAAUGGUUUUAAGAAGCCAAAGCUGUACAUCGCAGCCCAGGGUCCACUCAGGUCCAGCAUGGAGGACUUCUGGAGGAUGAUCUGGGAACAAAAUGUUGGCGUUAUCGUCAUGAUCACGAACCUGGUGGAGAAUGGACGAAGAAAGUGUGACCAGUAUUGGCCCUCUGAGGUGCAGGAGGAAUAUGGAAGUUUCCUGGUGACACUGAAGAGCUCCAAACCACUGGCCUAUUACACCGUCAGGACGUUUAGCAUCUGGAACACUAGUGCCAAGAAGAGCUCUCAGAAAGGUCGCAGCACUGAACGUACAGUGACCCAAUUUCACUACACCCAGUGGCCCGACAUGGGGGUGCCCGAGCUGGCCCUGCCUCUGCUCAGCUUCAUCAGGAAGUCCUCCAGGGCCCGCACACAGGACAUGGGUCCCCUGGUGGUGCACUGCAGCGCCGGAGUCGGUCGGACAGGGACCUACAUCGUCCUGGACAGUAUGCUGCAGCAGAUCACAGACGAGGGAACAGUCAAUAUUACAGGGUUCCUCAAACACAUCAGGACUCAGAGGAACUACCUGGUCCAAACUGAGGAGCAGUACGUCUUCAUUCACGAUGCUCUGGUGGAGGCCGUGCUGUGUGGGGACACUGAAGUGGCCGUGUCGCAUUUGCACAGAUAUGUGGACGAACUGCUGACCCCGCGGCAUGCUGGGAAAACGCGUCUCGACAAACAGUUUAAGCUGCUGUGUCAUUCUUCACCAAAGCAGUGCGACUUCACCACAGCCACAAAGGAGAGCAACGCAGGCAAGAACCGGAGCACCACCAUCUUACCAACUGAAAGAUCUCGUGUACGGUUAUUGACAUCACCUGGACAAACAUCUGACUACAUAAAUGCGUCGUACAUCACUGGUUACAGACACAGCAAUGAAUUCAUCAUUACCCAAAACCCUUUGCCUGGUACAGUCAAGGACUUUUGGAGGAUGAUAUGGGACCACAAUGCUCAGGUCAUCGUGUCACUGCCAGGGCCAACCACCAAUGGGGAGGAGGAGGCGGAGUCUUGUGUCUUCUGGCCACAUAAGGGAGAGCCAAUCAGCUGCGAGGCCUUCACGGUCACGCAGAAAUCAGAGAACCACAUUUGCCUGGCUAAUGAGGACAUGCUGGUGCUGCAGGAGUACGCACUGGAGGCCACACAAGACGACUAUGUGCUGGAGGUGAGACACUACCGCGCCCCCCGAUGGCCAAACCCGGACAGUCCCAUCAGUAACACGUUUGAGCUGAUCAGCCUGGUGAAGGAGGAGACGCACUCAAAGGAAGGGCCCACUGUCGUUCACGAUGAUGUGGGCGGGGCCACAGCAGGGACCUUCUGUGCUCUGCUGUCUCUGAGUCAACAGCUGGAGGCGGAGCAGACGGUCGAUGUUUUUCAAGUGGCCAAACUAACAAACCUGAUGAGACCAGGAGUCUUCACAGACGUGGAGCAGUACCAGUUCCUGUACAGGGCCCUGCUCAGUGUGGUGGGACAACAGGAGGACGAGAGAGUGCUCCAUUCUGCAGAAAACAAUGGGACCAUCGUCGUGGGAAUGGCCAGCACUGCCGAGAGCCUGGAGUCAUUAGUUUAACACACACCAUUCAACUCAAUGGACUCUUAACUGAGCGUCAAAUACUGUCAGAAAAUACACCAACCAAUGUAAACCAGUCAGGCAUAACAUUAGCAACCAACAACCUACUACUGCCCAAUGAGCAACAGCUGUUUAUCCUUGGAACACUUUAGAUUUAUACAAUUAGGUCCACUCCCCUCCAAUCUUUAUACUUUCCCAUUUACAAGUGCCAAUGUUAACUGUCAACAGAGGUGGUCAACAUUUUACAUAGAUAAGGGUUCAGACUUACUUAAAAAUGAUAAUACUCAAGUAGAAGUAAAAUGUAAUUGGUCAAGGAAAAGGUAUGUGUUGAAAAUGCUAGCACUGAAUAAUUUCUGUCAAUUAUUUAUCAGAAAAAAAAAAAUUAAAUUAAGAAAAAGUAACUAAUAUCUAAAAGUAGCAGCGAACAAACACAGAUGUUCAAAUUGUUUUAAACUGUCAAGAUUUUGUCAUUAAUUUACUUACUACAUUGGGAAGAGUAACACCUUUUCUCAAGUUAAGAGAACUGUUCAAAGUAAUAUUACUCAAGUGGUACCACUUUAUCAUAACUACAUACAGCAGAGAUUGGAAAUUCCAGGACUUGUCCACAUGAUCCUAGUGAACGUGUAUGUGAUGUGUUAAUACACUUACACUAUUACCACAUGACAUCACAAGGUGGAAUGUGUUUUUUGUUUGAGAGAAGAAUGCAGGAUUUGUGUGUUACAUGUGUAAAAGAAACAAAACACAACUCCAGGUCUGUUUGUGAUGAGGAAACAAUAUUUUAACAGAGCAGAAAAUAGCGUAUGGAACAUUUAAGGUUUUUUAAGAUUUAUUAUAAAGUGGCACCAAAUUUGUAAAAAAUAAAAUAAAAAUAAAAAAUCGACUUGAGUAAAUGUGCCAGCUGUGCCUGUCAGUGGUUGUAAUGUUUUGCCUGAUCUCCUCUACAAUAACCCGACCUUUUGUACUGCCAUAGCUCUACUGCCAUGUACCUGCUGGACUUUGUAUCGUGUGCCUUUCUGUACCCUCCAUUGUCUCCUCCUAACACAUUUGAUACCCACUGUAGAGUAACAUUGGAUUUUUAUUUGAAAUGUGGACUAACCAUUUCUUUUUAAACCUUUGUAUUUAUUGGCACUGAGCCUAAAGUAAACAUGGGGAAAAAAGGGAAACAUUUACAUCUUUUUACAUCAAAUGGAUAUUUUGUUAGCGUCUUUUAUAGAAACGCACUGAAUCUCUUUGUAAAUACCACUGCAGCCGUAGCAACCGCAAGCUGUUGAAGGCAACCGUUUGAAAAUGGCCUGGAAUAAUUAUUAAGAAUAUUAAUCUAAUGUAAAUAAUAUUAUAGUAAUCAACUUGAUGGACCAAAUUUCUAUUUAUACGUUUAGACUUUUAUAUUUGAGCGUUGUUAGUGCUUUCAAAUAUUGUCGUCUCAUUUGAAUUGCUUAGCCUGAAGGACGUCAUUUGAUUUUAUACUUUUGUAACAGACUAAAUGUAAUGCAUGGGUACUGACUAAAACACUGCUGGACUGUUAGCUAUAGGGCAUUAAACAUGGAAAAGUAUUGAACAAAA